CGAGCCCAGGAAGACGCCAAAAGGAGGCGUAGCCCAGACGAUCAGGGCCAAGAUAGUAGUCCAACACGCAAGCGCCAGCGCCGGACAACACAUCCUGCGCCGUCCAAGAACGUCCAAGACGAAGAUCGGAAGCGAGCCAUCGAGGACGCAACACCCCCCUCGCCCUCUUCGAAACGACAAAAAACAUCGAUACCUUCUGCUGAGGAUACAACAUUCGCCGAGGCAACAGGCCACAGACAUCGAAUUGAUCCAAUCGGUUUCUGGGUACGAGAAGGAGUCUGGCCACGGGAACUUUUCGAGGUCGAAAUUGCCGACAUGUACGAAGACGACCUCGCACGAAGGCCCUCGCUUGGACGUAAGCGAUCGAACUCCGCGACGUCCACGCCGACGACCCUGACGACGCCGAGCGACGUGAAGAGUACUCAAUAUCGAGACCCACGCUACAAGAAACUGCUCGCAGCCAUGGGUGUUUUUAUGGACCUACAGCCCGAUCAUGGGAUCACGGUUGAGAGCAAGACUUGUUACAUGACGUUGCUUACUUCCGAGCAAACAUUUCCAACCGACUCCCUAUUUCGAGACGACCGGUUUGAGGAAACAUGCCGGAAGGUGGCGAACAAGAAUGAGGCGAGGGUAUUGCGGGACAUUUCGCCUCUAAUCGUUCCAUCGGCGGAAAAUCUCGCUACAUGCGGCUCCGCCGGCCUCGGGUGUUUGGUCGAGAGCGUCAAUGAGCCAUGGAGCAGUUCGAUCCCCAUAAUCACCCCUCGGCCGCAACCAGACUAUUCUGUUGGCUUUCUGCAAACCGCCUUCACCAGCGAACAAGUGGCCAAGUUGAAGCCGUUUGUUGGCGAUCCCUUCGAUGGCGACCAAUCCUUCUUCAUGGCUACAAAAGACAUAUAUUUCCCCUUCCUCACCUGUGAGGUAAAGUGCGGGCUUAGAUCAUCCGACUUGGAUGUUGCGGACUGCCAGAACGCCCACAGCAUGGCUCUCGCGGCACGAGGAAUCGUCAAGCUCUUCCGUAAUGUAGGGCGGGAGAACGAGGUCCACCGACAGAUUGUUUCGUUCUCCGUCUCACACGACCAUCACUUCGUACGGCUCGACGGCUACUAUCCGGUCAUUGACGGAAAGAACACCAGAUAUUACCGCCACCCCAUUUAUGAAUUUAGCUUCACAACCAUGGAUGGUAAGGAGAAGUGGACGGCAUACCGGUUUGUCAAGAACAUUUACGACAAAUGGAUGCCUGACCACUUCAAGAGAAUCUGCUCGGCCAUCGACCAGUUGCCCGACCUGGACCUUGAGGUCCCAGCACUUUCCAAUCCGAACGGCUUGUCCGAGGACCUUGGAAAUCAAGUGCAAUUGUCGGAGGCCGACUCCGAGUCGCCGAUUCGCAUGGAUAGGGACACAAUGCCGGCGCCUGCCAAGAAAAGGAGGGAGAAGUCCGGCUAAGAGAUUGUAACGUCAGAUAGAGGUACCCUCGACGUCCCAGCUUUCCACAGUUCUCCCUCCGGCCAUCAAUCAACGCCCUUGUUAUCGACCUGGCGCUUGGGAGGUUCUCGUGGUGACACUCAUUGUGAAGUGCACUGUCUAGUUUACAUCCUCAAUUGUACCUGGGGAAUUUU